UCUUGGUGCGCUGCAGAGAUAAGCCCUGCCCCGGGCACACAGAGGCAGCCAGGCGUUCUCCGCUGUGUGCUGCAGCAGGGCUUGUAGAUCCGGGCUGGGAGAGCCACGCCCCAGCCUGCCGGCCGGCAGGAGCCCACAGACAGAGCGCAGCCCUGGCUGCAACCCCAGGCAUACAGAGGCGGUGAGGAGGGCUCCACUCCGCGCCGUGCUUCAGCAAGGGUGGGCUUGUAGAUGCGGCAGCAGGCAGUGGGCAGGGAGCGCCCCUGUGUGAGCGACGCGACCCUAGGAGCCAGAAGGAGGGACCUGCCUGCUGGAUGCUUCCUGGGUGCUGCUCCAACAGAGAUCCUCAGCGUUGUCUUUCGCAGCAUGAAGAAGGAAAGAGAAUGGAAGGUGCUGAUCAUGGACCACCCCAGCACGCGCAUCUUCUCGUCGUGCUGCAAGAUGUCUGACAUCGUGGAUGAAGGCAUCACGCCCUGUCCUGAGCCUCUGUUCAAGGAGCUGAGGAAGUCACGGAUCACCAAGGCCAUCAAAACGGUCAAGGAGAUCAACAUGGCCUUCCUUCCCUACGAGAGCCAGGGACCAACGAGGACUGAGAGGACAAGCAGGAGGAGGAGGAGGAAUGGGUGGAUGUGGCUACAGAGGAGGCUGCUGUCAACAUCAUCCAAAAGUAGCUCCAGUGCAGAGAAAAGGUGCACGAAGAGGCCCAGCAGCUCAUGUUCCUUCACGCCAUCCACCCCACAUGUCUCGCUGCACAGAGAAAAGGGCCCUGACAAAGCCCGCUCUCAGCUGCUGAUUGUGGACCGGAGCUUCGACCUGGUGUCCCCACUGCUGCACGACCUCACCUACCAGGCCAUGGCCUACGACCUGCUCAGCAUUGAGAACGACACCUACAAGUAGGACCUGGCGGCCAGCAGGAGGCGCCCCGCACUCCUCCUCAGGCGGGCUGGGGUGGAUGUGACCCAGGCACUUGCGCUGCUCUGCAGCCCCCACACUUGGGGUAGGGGUGCCGCAGCCUGACCCCGUCUCCCCUCCCUCGCAGGUACGAGACGACAGGGACCAGCGAAUUGUGGGAGAAAGAGGCGCUGCUGGACGAAGACAACGAACUCUAGGUGCAGCUACGGCACAUGCACAUCGCUGACAUCUCCAAGCCAACAUCAAGGACCUGUCCCAGAUGCUGAAGAAGAUGCCCCAGUACCAGAAAGAGCUGAACAAGGUAACGGGGCUGGAGCUGUUAGUGGGUGGGGAGCAGGGAAUUCAUUGGGGUUGAAGGACGGGCAGGGUGCUCUGUGGGGCUGGUGAGGGACAGUAGGGACUCUCUGGGGGACAGGGCACUCUGGGGCACUCCGCUUUACUGCCUGAUGAGAGCUGCUGACCUGUCCCGUCGGGCAGAGCCAUUUU